AUGUCCCCCUUUGAGAACGGCGGUCGAGUCCCAUGCCCUCGUUAUAUAGACUUAUAAACUCUUUCUCUUGGUCUCACUACACACCUCUUUCUCCGUUCAUCUCCGGCCGGCCAUUUGCCUGACGAAGAAGAAGAAGAAGAAGAGCAGUUACAGUCUUACAGAGAGAGCUGCCAUGGGGACGCAGGCGGAGGAGAACCACUCGUCGCCGGCCAAGGAUGUCCGGACAGAGCAGGAGAAGAAGAUCGACGACUGGCUGCCAAUCACGUCGUCGAGGAACGCCAAAUGGUGGUACUCUGCCUUCCACAAUGUCACCGCCAUGGUCGGCGCCGGUGUGCUCAGCCUCCCCUACGCCAUGUCCGAGCUCGGCUGGGGCCCCGGCAUCGCGGUGCUGGUGAUCUCAUGGGUGAUCACGCUCUACACGCUAUGGCAGAUGGUGGAGAUGCACGAGAUGGUGCCCGGGAAGCGGUUCGACCGGUACCACGAGCUCGGGCAGCACGCCUUCGGCGAGAAGCUCGGGCUCUGGAUCGUCGUGCCGCAACAGCUCAUCGUCGAGGUCGGUGUCAACAUCGUCUACAUGGUCACCGGAGGCAAGUCACUCAAGAAGUUCCAUGACGUGAUCUGUGAUGGCAAGUGCAAGGACAUCAAGCUCACCUACUUCAUCAUGAUCUUCGCCUCGGUGCACUUCGUGCUCUCCCAGCUCCCCAACCUCAACUCCAUCUCCGGGGUCUCCCUCGCCGCCGCCGUCAUGUCGCUCUCUUACUCCACCAUCGCUUGGGGUGCCUCCGUCGACAAGGGGCAGGUCGCCAACGUCGACUAUUCGAUCCGUGCCACCACGACACCCGGGAAGGUGUUUGGGUUCUUUGGGGCGCUUGGUGACGUGGCGUUUGCCUAUGCUGGACACAAUGUGGUGCUGGAGAUCCAGGCCACCAUCCCGUCCACGCCGGAGAAGCCGUCCAAGAAGCCCAUGUGGAAGGGUGUCGUCGUCGCCUACAUCGUCGUCGCCAUCUGCUACUUCCCCGUCGCGCUCAUCGGAUACUGGGCUUUUGGCAAUGGUGUUGAUGACAACAUCCUUAUCACCCUCUCCAAGCCCAAGUGGCUCAUCGCCCUCGCCAACAUGAUGGUCGUCAUCCACGUCAUUGGAAGCUACCAGAUUUACGCGAUGCCGGUGUUCGACAUGAUUGAGACGGUGCUGGUGAAGAAACUGCAUUUCCCUCCAGGCCUGACGCUCCGUCUCAUUGCCCGGACACUCUAUGUUGCGUUGACAAUGUUCAUCGCCAUCACCUUCCCCUUCUUCGGCGGCCUGCUCGGCUUCUUCGGUGGCUUUGCCUUCGCCCCGACGACAUACUUCCUUCCCUGCAUCAUGUGGCUUGCCAUCUACAAGCCCAAGAGAUUCAGCCUCUCAUGGUUCACCAACUGGGUGUGCAUCAUCCUGGGGCUGUGCCUGAUGAUCCUGUCGCCCAUCGGAGGGCUGAGGCAGAUCAUCAUGGACUCCAAGACAUACAAGUUCUACUCAUAGAUCACUCUCAUUAUCUACCACUCAUCAUCCCCAUCAUGAUCCGUGGAUUCUGGCAGCGUCUACGACCAACUUUAUUUUUGUCUUGUAAAACAAAAACAAUGGAAGAAACGUAGUACUACCACGGAUUUGUUAAUUACAGAAGAUGAUGGAUGGCGAGUGGAUGGAUGGUCAGAGAUGUUGUUGCCAUGCAUGUGCUGUUAAACAUGGCUUAUAGUUGACAAAAGCAAAACGGCGUUGUGUUUUGGGGGUUAAUCAUACGUGAUAUACAUAUGGUGUCUGUGGAUUUGGAUCUUGUUUCUUUCUCUGUAUUUGUAGGAUGGAUGAACUUAAGUAGUUGGCUUCGCGCUUGUGUGUGUUGUGCAGAAAAGAGAAUGAAUGGACCAUGGUUUUCUCUAAUCAAAUCCUUAAUUUUCAAA